GCUGUUGAACAUUACCAAGCUAGCAUAACUUUAUACGAUUCCUUGAGAGGACUUCUAAAAUCUAAAGAUGAAUGGAAAGUCAAUUUUCGAAAUCAGUAUCAAGAUGUGUAUACAGGUUUGAUUAGAGUUCUCGUAGAACAAGGUAAUAUCGUUGAAGCCUUAUUUGCUGCUGAGAAAGGACGAGCUCAAGCUCUCAACGACCUCAUGGAAUCCAGUUUUUGUGGUGAAACAAGUCAGCACAGGAGAGGCGAUGAAAUUUUAGCAGUGUUAAAGAACGUUCCAUCAGACACUGUCUUUCAGGCAGUGGACGGAGCUAGCGUCAAUCUUUGGGUUGUGUCCGAAGAAAAACAAGUUCAGUUAAGACAAAGUAAACUCAAAGGUUUUGUUUCAGAGAAUAGUGGAGCUAACCAGUCCUUUGAGUCGUUCAUGCUCGGUGUCUAUACGCAACUUGGUGUUGUUUCUGAUGGGAGAUGCGAGAAUCGAUCUUUGGAUGCUUUGAGGGAGAGCUGUUCAAAAGUGGAUGAGAAAACUAAAGAAGACAACCCUCAAGCUCCCAUCGAACAAAACGAAUGCUUGCGCACUUUGUAUGAUAUCGUUAUGAAGCCGGUGGCUGACCUGGUUCAAGGGGAUGAGCUACUCAUUAUUCCCGAUGGACCCCUGUGGCUCGUUCCUUACGCUGCACUCAUGGAUGGUAAUUCUAAAUAUCUGUGUGAAUCGUUCAGAAUCCGACUCGCUCCUUCGUUAACAAGUCUUAGACUCUUUGCCGAUUGCCCAGAUGAUUAUCACAAAAGAAGUGGUGCGUUACUUGUAGGAGAGCCGUGGGUAGCCGAGGUUACUGAUAGCGAGGGAGAUGAAUUCUUCGAUCCGCUUCCGUGUGCUAAAGAAGAAGUAGAAAUGAUCGGAAAAAUUCUGAAUAUCACGCCAAUCACUGGCAAACAGGCCACGAAACGUGAGGUGUUGAAAAGACUCAGUUCCGUUUCCUUAGUUCACUUUGCGGCACACGGAUGUAUGGAAACUGGCGAAAUUGCUCUUACUCCUGACCCAAAGCGAAUAUCUACUAUGCCAAGAGAGGAGGAUUACAUUUUAACAAUUAGAGAUGUGUUAAAUGUUCAACUACGUGCCAAACUUGUGGUGCUCAGUUGCUGCCACAGUGGUCAGGGCGAGAUCAAGGCUGAAGGUGUGGUUGGCAUUGCGCGCGCCUUUAUGGGGGCUGGUGCUCGGUCUGUUGUGGUGUCCCUGUGGAAGAUCGAUGACGAGGCUACUCUCGAGUUCAUGAAAUACUUUUAUCAACAC